GCAGAUUCAUAUUCACUCUUCAUUCAGCCCUUUUUGUUCAUUUUGUUGCCCACUUGCUGCCUUUUGAUUUGGUUGAGCUGUGCUGCAAAGCUAACAAGGGAGCUGCGAACCCCGCUUGAGCGGCCUCUCCUUGCUUGUUCUCUCUCUGUUCUCUUUUGGCGCCUCUUUUUGUCAACUGAACACGGUGCCUGGCACGGUGCUUUUUUUGGCCUUCCCGGCAAAUCCAACAAAGCAAAGAAAAACCCCAGCUGGAGCUAUAAUAAUACCGGACCAGACACUCCAGCUUCAGCCCGUCAUUGACAUUCGUUGACAUUCGUUUUCUUCUUGUUUUUCUUCAAUCCCGUCGCAGCAUGGGAAUCGAACCGCCGAGCGACGCGGCAAAGAUGACGCCCUCGACGCUGGACCUGCUGGUCCUGACGUUCAACUGCGCGGCGAAGCUCAUCAACGUGCCUGUUUUCGCGGGUCAUUUGCAGACUGCCCUGGCGCGGAAUGCCGCGGAACUGCCAGAGGUGGUUGUCCUAUCGCUACAAGAGAUUGCUCCCCUGAGUUAUGCCUUCAUUGGGGGAGAUUACUUCCUGAAGCCGUAUGUGGAACGGUUUGAAGAGGCAAUCAACCUCGCGGCUUCACUACAUUCACAGAAUGGAGAGAGCAAUGGCAGCUCAGAAGCUGCUGCUACUUCCAAUCCUACAUCACAGUCACUGUCACACUCACAAUCACAGAGUGGGAGAAGCCACUAUACGCUUAUCAGAAACCUCAAUGUGGGGUACACGGCCAUUAUGAUGUUUGUUAGAGAUCCUGCCCGGCUCAAGGACAUCCAGGAGGCUGAAGUAGGAUUCGGUGCCGCUGAAAUGGGCAACAAGGGAGCGGUCGGCCUGAGAGCACUGUACGAGGUCGGGGGAGAGUCAACAGAGUUGACGUUUGUGGCGACGCAUCUGGCGGCCAUGGAGUGGAAUUUGCCGCGGCGCAACGCCAACUGGGGCACCAUCAUGCGCGGUUUGACGUUUGAGAAUCCGGAAGAGGUGUUGAGCAAGAUGAGGCGGGACGCCGAAUCGAGGAGCCAGAGCUUGUCGUCCGAGGAGGGCGAUGCUUCGGAGCAGGCCCGCUUGCUGCGUGAGGAGCACCAUGAGCAGGACCUCCGGCUUCAGCAGCAGUUUCACAACCUUUCCGUCUUCAAGCCGUCGUCUCACCUGUUUGUUGCCGGAGAUCUCAACUACCGCAUUUCUACCACGUCUCCGACGCCCUACUCUGCGUUCCCGAAUCUGGAUCCCGGAUCAGAAAACUACUACACCAACUUCUUGCACCUCGAUCAGCUCACCCGUGAACGGCUGGCCGGCCGCACACUCCAUGGCAUGUCAGAGCAGCCCGUGGCCUUUCCGCCGACUUACAAGUACGUCGUGGACUCCAAGACGCCUCCUCCCGGCACCGCCGGCAGCUCCGUCGAUGAAGUCAAGUGGGAGUUUGCCUCACAUCGGUACCCUGCCUGGACAGACCGCAUCCUGUAUCUCGAGCUCCCGUCAUGGAUCGACUCAAAGAUGAAAGUCCGGGCCUACGAUGCGCUACCGGUCAUCCGGACCAGCGACCACCGCCCCGUCUUCCUCCGCGUCGACGUGCCACUCAUCUCGCCCGAGGACCUUGCUCCCCCAGUCAGCGAAAUUGCUUCCGGAUCCGCUUCGCCCGGUGACAGCGGCGUUGAUCCGCGCGUGCGGCUACCUGUGGAGAUUGAUCCCGAGGCUUGGGAGCGCAGAGUGGCUGCACGGCGGCGCGAGAUCGCGGCCGGGUGGACCAUGUUUCUCUGGAGCACGAGGCAAGGGGCGUAUAUUAUGGGCUCUCUACUGGCCACAGGCGCGAGCGGAUACUGGCUGUACCGUUAUGCAUACAUGUAAGGCUGUGUGACUUUGGUGGAAGGGGGUCUGUCUGAUGUCUAAUUGGUUUGGGUAUUACAUCUUUUGGUACUGGAGCAUAGACAGGGGAGUUGUUUAAACGCGGCAGUGCAGUGGGAAGGCUGGAGGGCAGGGCUGGCGUUGUGUGAUUUUUUUUCAUCAUCUUUAUUUGUCUUGGUUUUACUAUGGCGGUUGUGGAUUGGGUUGGAGCAUGUGUUAGAAGUGUUUGAUGUAGUUCGCUCUGUACAACGAUUCAUCAUUAUCGGUCUGGCUUUUUGGCCAAGGUAGAUAGAUAGCUUGGUAAUAUAUAUAUGUAUAUAUACAAAUACACCGUUUCAAA